GCUGUUGCGACAUUCACUCUCUCCGUGGGCUCUAAAUGGUUGACUUGUUAAUCCACAGCGAUAUAGGACCGUUUUAAAGCAUGUAUUAUCAAUUUAUCCGACCCAAUAACGAGUUUGGGAUCGACAGACAGAAAAUGAACCUGCUGUGCUGUGUUGCUGUGUACCCGGAGGUUUGAAAUGAAUAAAUAAGGUGUUUCUCUCCAUCCCGGCAGUGGACCGCGGGAGAUGCUGCGGCUGCAUUGAUAGAGUUGAGAGAUUCGUACAGAAGUGACGAAGCAGCCUCAACCGGAUAGGAUAACAACCUCCUAGCACUUACUGCGAUAGACUGAGUCAACGUUGUUGUAUGACAGCAAGAUGCACUGACUGUGUACCGGACCAGAAAAUGCAUCGUUUCAGAGGCGAAAUAUGAACGCACAUUCCACUUUGGUUUUCUUUUAUUUGCAAGGCGUUGAGACGCGGUGAUACAUUUCCGUGGAUCUGAGCGGUUUAUGCAACUUUUCCCGGUCCUUUUUCCAUGAUAACGGCGAACCCGUGCUUGGUUUACCUGGAAUUUUACCAGGAUCAUGUGGACCCCGACGGAAGAGGAGAAAAUCGGAGUUGUGAUCUGUACAUUCCGCGGGACGGUGACCCACGGUCUGGCUCUGGAGAUUGGAGAGACAGUCCAAAUACUGGAGAAAUGUCAAGGAUGGUACCGAGGAUCCUCCACCAGGAAACCCACAAUUAAGGGGAUCUUCCCAACCAGCUACGUUCACUUGAAGAAGGCCAUUGUAACCAACAGAGGGCAGUAUGAGACAGCGGUGUCACAGGAAGACCCCAUUGUGACGGAGGUGACGUCCACUCUGCAGGAAUGGGCCCUGUCGUGGAAGCAACUCUACGUGAAACACAAGGUGGACUUGUUCUACAAGUUGCGUCACGUGAUGAAUGAGCUGUUUGACCUUCGGAGACAGAUGCUGUCUGGUCACCUGACCCAGGAUCAGUUCAGAGAUGUCAAGAAACACAUCACAGUCCGCCUGGACUGGGGCAACGAACACCUAGGCCUGGAUCUCGUACCCAGGAAGGAUUUUGAGAUGGUUGAUGCAGAACAGAUCAGCGUCUCAGACUUAUACAAAAUGCAUCUGUCCAGCAGACACAGUGUCCAGCAAAGCACAACCCAGGGUGACAGUGUGCGUCGGGGUCACGGUGUAGAGCCCUGUUGUAUCCCCGUCCCUCACCACCUGUUCAUCAAUCUGAAGAGCUUCACCUACAACACCAUGGGAGAAGAUACAGACAUCUUCUUCUCCCUCUACGACCUCAGGGAGGGGAAUCACAUCAGUGAGAAGUUUAUGGUCAGACUGAACAAGAAUGGAGGUCCCAAAAAUCCAGAAAAGGUUGACCGACUGUGUGCUCUCUUCACGGAUCUAAGCAAUAAGGACAUGAAGCGGGACCUGUACAUUGUUUCCCAAGUCAUCAGAACUGGUCGGAUGCUGCUGAAUGACACUAAGAAGGGUCCUCCUCACGUCCAGUACAGAAGGCCGUACGGCUGUGCGGUUCUGGCCAUGAGUGAUGUCCUACAGACCAUCUCAGAACUAAAGGAGGAGAAGGACUUUGUUCUCAAAGUCUACACAUGUAACAAUGAGAACGAGUGGUACCAGAUCCAUGAAAACAUCAUAAGAAAAUCCAGCACCAAGUACACAGCUCCCAGCACCAACUAUGGUCUGAUCAUCUCUCUCCAGCUACUGCGAGGAGAGAUGGAACAGAUCAGGAGAGAGAACCCAAUGAUCUUCAAUAGAGGCGUGGCCUUGACACGCAAGCUGGGUUUCCCCGAUGUCAUCAUGCCAGGUGACAUCCGUAACGACCUGUACCUCACCUUGGAAAGAGGAGACUUUGAGAGGGGAGGCAAGAGUGUCCAGAAGAACAUUGAGGUCACCGUCUACGUGCUCUUCGCAGACGGAGAAAUACUCAAAGACUGUAUCAGCCUGGGCAGUGGUGAGCCCCACAUCAGUGAACAUCGCUCAUUUGUCCUCUACCACAACAACAGCCCCCGUUGGAGCGAGGUGGUUAAACUACCCAUCCCCAUAGACCGCUUCAGAGGGUCACACCUACGCUUCGAGUUCAGACACUGCUCCACCAAAGACAAGGGGGAGAAGAAGCUGUUUGGUUUUGCCUUCACACCACUGAUGAGAGAGGACGGGACAACGCUGUCAGACGAGAGUCACGAGCUCUUUGUGUACAAGUGUGAUGAGAAUGCUACGUUCAGUAACCAUGCGUUGUACCUGGGUCUGCCCUGCUGUAAGGAGGACUUCAACGGCUGUCCCAACAUUCCCUCCAGCCUCAUCUUCCAACGCAGCACCAAGGAGACCCUCUGGAUCUCCACACAGCUCUCCUCCACCAAGCUCACACAGAAUGUGGACCUGCUUGCGUUGUUGAAGUGGAAGGCCCACCCUGACAGAGUGAUGGACAUCCUGGGGAGACUACGUCAUGUCAGUGGAGAGGAGAUCGUCAAGUUUCUCCAAGACAUCUUGGACACGCUGUUUUCCAUCCUGGAUGACAACACUGACAAGUACGGUCCCCUGGUGUUCCAGUCACUGGUGUUCAUCAUUAAUCUGCUGAGGGACAGUAAGUACUACCACUUCUGCCCCGUCAUGGACACUUACAUCCAGAAGCACUUUGCUGGAGCGCUGGCGUACAAAGAGUUGAUCCGCUGUCUGAAGUGGUACAUGGACCGUUCUGCAGAGGUGGUGAGACAGAACCACAUCCAGGAGGCCAUGAGGGCCCUGGAGUACCUGUUGAAGUUCAUUAUCCAGUCUCGGAUCCUGUACUCCCGUGCUACCUGUGGUAUGGAGGAAGAACAGUUCAGAGCCAGCAUCCAGGAGCUCUUCCUGUCCAUCCGUUUUGUCCUCAGUCUGGACAGCCGCGGCUCUGAGACGCUCGUUUUCACACAGGCGGCGCUCCUGAACUCGUUCCCGGCUAUCUUUGACGAACUGCUUCAGAUGUUCACGGUCCAGGAAGUGGCAGAGUUCGUACGGGGCACGCUGGGCAGUAUGCCUAGCACCGUACACAUCGGACAGUCCAUGGACGUGGUCAAACUGCAGUCCAUCGCUCGCACCGUCGACAGUCGCCUCUUCUCCUUCCCAGAGUCUCGUAGGAUCUUGCUUCCUGUAGUUCUACAUCACAUCCACCUCCACCUGAGACAGCAGAAAGAGCUCCUCAUCUGUUCUGGCAUCCUCAGCAGUAUCUUCUCCAUCAUCAAGACCAGCUCUCUGGACACCCCAGUGCAGGAGGAGGUAGAGAUGAUGGUGGAAUCACUCCUGGAUGUGCUUCUCCAGACUCUGCUGGCCAUCAUGACCAAGUCUCAGUCCCAGGAGGCGGUAAGAGGCCAUCGCUGCCCACAGUGCACGGCUGAGAUCACUGGAGAAUAUGUGUCCUGCCUCCUAUCCCUGCUGCGUCAGAUGUCUGACAUCCACUUCAACCAUCUACUGGACAACUUCCAGAGCAAAGAGGAAGUCAAGGAGUUCCUUCUGAAGAUAUUCUGUGUGUUUCGUAACCUGAUGAAGCUCAGUAUUUUUCCCCGGGACUGGAACGUGAUGAGGCUGCUGACCAGCAACACCAUAGUGACAACUGUCCAAUAUCUGUCCCCGGCUUUGCACAAGAACUUCACCGAGGCUGACUUUGAAUUCAAGGUGUGGAACUCAUACUUCAGUCUGGCUGUUCUCUACAUCAGCCAGCCCAGUCUACAACUAGAGAACACCACCCCAGCCAAGAGGAAGAACGUGUUGGACAAGUAUGGUGACAUGAGAGUGAUGAUGGCCUACGAGCUGUUCAGCAUGUGGCAGAACCUCGGCGAGAACAAGAUCCACUUCAUCCCAGGUAUGAUAGGUCCCUUCCUGGGUGUGACCCUGGUGCCUCAGGGGGAGGUCAGGAACAUCAUGAUCCCUAUCUUCCACGACAUGAUGGACUGGGAGCAGAGGAAGAACGGGAACUUCAAACAGGUGGAGGCAGAGCUGAUAGACAAGCUGGACAGUCUGGUGUCUGAGGGGAAAGGAGACGAGAACUACAGAGAACUAUUCAGCCUGCUAACCCAGCUCUUUGGGCCUUACCCCAGUCUGCUGGAGAAGAUUGAGCAAGAGACGUGGAGGGAGACGGGGAUCUCCUUCGUCACCUCUGUCACACGGUUGAUGGAACGACUGCUGGACUACAGGGACUGCAUGAAAGGAGACGAGACAGAGAACAAGAAGAUUGGCUGUACUGUCAACCUGUUGAACUUCUACAAGUCAGAGAUCAACAAGGAGGAGAUGUAUAUCCGCUACAUCCACAAGCUGUGUGACAUGCACCUUCAGGCUGACAACUACACAGAGGCUGCGUUCACCCUGCUGUUGUACUGGGAGCUACUGCAUUGGGAAGAGAGGCCUCUAAGGGAGUUCUUACACUACCCAGCCCAGAGCGAGUGGCAUCGCAAAGAAGGUCUCAGUCGCAAGGUCAUCCACUACUUCAACAAGGGAAAGUGCUGGGAAUACGGGGUACCGUUGUGCAGAGAGCUGGCUUUCCAGUAUGAGACAUUAUACGACUACCAAAGCCUCAGCUGGAUAAGGAAAAUGGAAGCUGCUUACUAUGACAGCAUCAUGGAGCAGCAACGUCUAGAGCCAGAGUUCUUCAGGGUGGGCUUCUACGGACGCAAGUUUCCCUUCUUCCUAAGAAACAAGGAGUUUGUCUGCCGCGGUCAUGACUACGAACGGCUUGAAGCCUUCCAGCAAAGGAUGCUGGGAGAAUUCCCACAAGCCAUUGCCAUGCAGCACCCUAAUCAACCAGACGAGGCCAUCUUACAGUGUGAUGCCCAGUACCUGCAGAUCUAUGCGGUGACGCCGGUUCCGGAGAAUGUCAAAAUUCUCCAAAUGGACCGCGUUCCAGACCGCAUCAAGAGCUUCUACCGUGUUAACAACGUGCGCCGCUUUCGAUACGACCGGCCCUUCCACAAAGGAUCCAAAGACCGAGAGAACGAGUUCAAGAGCUUGUGGAUCGAGAGGACCACGCUGAUCCUCACACAUCCUCUUCCUGGUAUCUCCCGCUGGUUUGAGGUGGAGAAGAGAGAACUGGUGGAGGUGAGUCCUCUGGAGAAUGCCAUCUACGUGGUGGAGAACAAGAACCAUGAGCUGCGGACCCUGAUCAGCCAGUACCAACACAAGCAGCUCCAUGGCAACAUCAACCUGCUGUCCAUGUGUCUCAAUGGGGUCAUUGACGCUGCCGUCAACGGGGGCAUCGCCAGAUACCAGGAGGCCUUCUUUGAUACGGAGUACAUCAGCAGCCACCCAGAAGACACAGAGAAGAUCACUGCCCUCAAAGACCUCAUGCAGGAACAGGUUUACAUCCUGGGGGCGGGGCUUGCGGUCCAUGACAAGCUGGUGCACCCUGAAAUGCGUCCCCUGCACAAGAAGCUGAUAGAUCAGUUCCAGAUGAUGAGGAGCAGUCUCUAUGGUCUGCCGGGACUGGACAAGCUGAGUCCUGCCUGUUCUAGUGUCAGCACCACAAGAGGCAUCCUGGCUACGCACAGCCCCAUGAGCCCCGACAGCUUCAAACUCAUUCACAGGCACAGUCCACUGAAUCUGCUGGGGUCUAUCCGCCAGUCGUCCUCCUCACUGUCCUCUCACACCUCCAGCGAGACGGGUAACCUGGUGAUCCUGACGGACAGCGUGGUGAUGGAACACCCCGAGGACGUCUACCGUAUGCAGCCCAGUCCUUCGUCCUCCAGUCUGAGCUCCACCCACUCAGCUCCGUCCCAGAUGAUGAACUCUGCCCCCAACAGUAUCAGAGGCUCCCCGUCGCUGCCAGAAAAAUACAGACACAACCGUGAGAUGUUGAUGCUGCUGCCUCUGCACCGUGAAAGACCCAGCUCCACUAUGUACCCCAACAUCACUGAGAACGGACAGCCAACUAACUUCCAGCGAGCGUUGUUCCACCAGGUGAUUGGUCCGUGCAAGCCCUGUAGCGACCCUAACCUGUCCGUAGCGGAGAAAGUCCUGACCACCCCCAGCUCCUGGAGUCUGGACAGUGGUACCAGAGAGGCGUUGCCGUUCCUGUCCGCCCACGUUGGGAGUGUGAUGGCCCCCCCAGUCCCGCCCCGUAGCCUUCCCCAUGGACACUUCUCCAUGAACUUUGAUGCUUUCCACCACCAGAACAGCGACCUCCCUCCAGCUCUCCCUGCACGCUCCUCUUUACGAAAGUCACCCCUGCACCCUAUACCUGCCUCGCCCACCAGUCCCCAGUCCCAGUCCGGCCUGGAUGGCAGUAACUCUACCCUCUCUGGCAGCGCCUCCUCCGGCGUCUCAUCCUUGAGUGAGAGCAACUUGUUGGGCCAGUCCUGCUCCACCGACGCCCCUGGAACUACCAGCAGACACCCAGCAGGCACCCUGGACUCUGUCUCCAUCACCCCUAGCACGGUGCACUCUAUCUGGGCCAUAGACGGAGAAGACCUGGGAAUGAACUCCCCCUACCUGCCUGUCCGAUACAGCGUCUCCGAGCCAGAGGUCCUGGAUGGCUCCAAACCCCCUCCCUGCCGUAGCCACUCCGCCCCUGGGUGGGUCACCCCGGUCAUCACCCCUAUUAUCCCCGUCCUCCCAGAGGCCCACGCCCUAAACAUCCAGAACCUGCCCCACUACCACCAGGAGCCCCCGCCCGCCCUGCCCCCCAAGCCCUACCUGAGAGAGGGGUGUAUCCCUGAGGAAGGGUGUAUUCUCGUGCCCAGGCCCAUGCCACGCAAGAUCUCUCAGCCCCUCAUCACCUCCAAGGAAGAGCAGGCCAAGGUGGCGUGGGAGCAGGUCAUCACAGAGGAGUAAAGAGCAGGCCAAGGUGGCGUGGGAGCACGUCAUCACAGAGGAGUAAAGAGCAGGCCGAGGUGGCGUGGGAGCACGUCAUCACAGAGGAGUAAAAAGCAGGCCAAGGUGAUGUGGGAGCACGUCAUCACAGAGGAGUAAAGAGCAGGCCUGGGGUUCAUUCAGUCAGUGAUGUGAAACUUUGUGAAUGUUUCAGAUAUAAAUAGUGUGAAUAGAGCUGACACCUGAUCCCCCCCCCCCCCCCCUAUUCCAUCUGACAGACAAUCAUAUCUGUUCUACAUUAUAUAUUUCUAUCUGAAUGUUCUGUAACUUUAUAUCGUCCUGAACAUGCCCAUGGUUUAGAAAUGGUUGGGGCCAGUGUUAGGGCCUGGGUUACGACCUGUCUCUCUGAGGGGCCAGUGUUAGGGCCUGUCUCUCUGAGGGGCCAGUGUUAGAACCUGUCUCUCUGAGGGGCCAGUGUUAGGGCCUGUCUCUCUGAGGGGCCAGUGUUAGGGCCUGGAUUAGAACCUGUCUCUUUGAGGGGCCAGUGUUAGGGCCUGGAUUAGAACCUGUCUCUCUGAGGGGCCAGUGUUAGGGCCUGGAUUAGAACCUGUCUCUCUGAGGGGCCAGUGUUAGGACCUGUCUCUCUGAGGGGCCAGGGAUAUAGAGGGGAAUGGUAAAAAAUGAUCCCCCUCCUCCCACUUCAUUCCUUCUCACAGAGUAUCCUAUUUUGGUAUUGGAGAAUGCUAGCUGUGAUCUAAUUGUUCACAUCUAAAUGUGUUUGUUUGAAAAUGCAUCUUUGGAAUGAUAAGUCUUUUUCUAUGUUUGAUUUCUUAUUCUUUCAAACUCUUGUCAGAAAGAGAGAGAAAAAAAAAGUAUAUUGAAAUGUCCUUUCUAUGAAUUGGGUCACUAACUCACACCGAUGAUGGGCACUGCCUUUUCGAAAACACAUCAUUCUGUGAAUAAAAAGUAAUGUAUUUAAUUAUUUUAUUGAUAGUUCAGGUCCACAUGCAGGUUUCCAAAUCACAAAGGGAACUCGUGGAUUGUAAAACCAGACAGUUAAACAGACAUUUUAAUUCAUGAAUUGAGUUAAACUGAAGCAAACCUCAGUAGAGUAAAAACCUGUUAGACCGUGACCCCUGUUUUUUUUAUAGACAAGUUGCCCUUUAGCAACUUAACAAUAAACAUUAAUAUUAUUUAUUAAUAAUAUAAUAAUAACAUUUAUUAUUACAUUAUUUAAUAAAUGUAUAAAAAAAAAACACAUUUAAUUCUAUUCGCACUAAAAUAUUUCUAUAAAUAAAGAUGGGAUCAGUGACGGGGUAUUUUUAGGGUAUAGAGGGGGGAGGGGUUUGCAGAGAUGAUGAUUGAGGUCAGGUGAUUUUUAACAUUAUGGUUUGCUUGUUAUGUUCAUUUCCUGUAAGGGAUGCAUAUUAUUAGCUGACCUUUGUGGUGUUGAUGUAAUGAUGAUACACUCAGCGAUUCAACUGGCUUUUACUGAGAAAAAGAACAAUGGGGGGGGGGAGAGAAUAGUUUGAUGAAUAGAGAGAGACGGAAGUGGGGGGGGGGGGACUAAUACAAAAUGUCACGGUCACAUACUCCCAUCACUUCUUCCUACUCUGUCACAACUUCCUGUGACACUGCUCAUCCUCGACAGACGGACAGUCAGAAGCGUAAAUGCUGUGAUAAGGCUUCAUCACACAAGUAGUCUUCUUUAUGGCUGUGUGCUACCUGCCACAGCCAGAUCAGCCAGCCACUAUAAAGAGGUAAGGACAUAACCGUCUGAAGGCUGGUGAAUAGAUGUCCCGUUUUAAAAGGCUGCUCGUGCUCUAUAUAAGGGCUCGGUUGGUUUACUAUUAAAGGUCAGUUUCC